AUGCCAGCGCAGCCUCCACAAGCCGCAACCGAGGCGAAGCCCCGACUGAAUGCAAAGACAAUGUUCGUGGUUGGUGCCAUUAACCUGAUUGACAGUAUCAAUAUGAACAUGCUUUUGCCAUACGUCGACAAGAUGGUGUCCGCCUAUCUGGAUGUGAGCCCGCAGAGCCCCGAAGUGGCCACAACUGCUGCUCUGCUCAUCGGGGUCUAUUCACUCCUCGAGGUGAUCGUCUCUCCUUUCUGGGGCAUGUUGGCCGACAUGGUCGGGAGACGGCCGUGCCUCCUAGUUGGACUUGCGGGCUCCGUGAUCGCUCCCAUUCUACUUGGUUUCAGCAGAAACAUUGCGAUGGCGUUUGCAGCUCGAGCGUUGGACGGCUUCUUCUGCGGCAACAUGGUAGUAACGAAAACCUACCUUGGCGAGCUCGUCGACGACAAAAGCGAGGCACGUGGCUUCAGCCUUCUGGCAUUUUGCUUCUCGCUUGGCCUCAUCUUGGGUCCCGCCAUGGGUGGCCAAUUGGUCUACCCGGCGAGCUGGGCACCCAACAUCUUUGCGGGAACCAUCUUUGACGAGUACCCCUUUCUGCUGCCCAACCUUGUCUUUGCCAUUUUCGCAGCGAUCUCUUGGUGCAUUGCGGCCUUCUGCAUAGAGGAGACUCUUCCGAAAAGCCAGCGCUGCAAGUGUCGCAACAUCAGACGCCAGGGUACCAGGCCUCAAACAUUGCAGCGCGCGAUGUCAGGUCCGAUGCACGAGAUGGACUCGGGGGUGGACACAUGCACAGAUCCAGGAAGUGCAGGAGGCUGCUAUCCACUGUCUACCAUCCAGGUCAUCAUCAUGUACUGCGGCCUGACUGGUAGCGUAAUGGCACAGGACCAAUUGAUGGUCUGGGUGGUGUCAUACGACCACACUGUGGGCGGGUUUGAGCUGAGCCCACGCGCGAUCUCCAUCAUUCAGAACGUAGGUGCGGUGGGCGUCAUGCUGAGCCAGUUGACCCUCUAUCCGGUGCUGACCAAGAAACUAGGCUUUCUCAACACUUUGGUGGUCGGCUUCCUGCUCAGCAGUCUUGCCUAUGGACUUUUCCCAGUUUACGGUCUGCUGGCAAAUCCGCAACACGGCCAUUGGAGAGAGGUGGUCCUGGGCAUUGGCCAGUGUGUCUUCACGACCGGGACGACCUUAAUGUUUCCGACGGCAUUCGCAUUUGUCAACCGCGCGUCGCAAGGCCUGAACCGGGGAGCUGUCAAUGGCUGGGCGCACUCCAGUGGUGCUCUCUGCGAAGCAGUCUUUCCGUACCUCGCUUCGGUGCUCCUUGGGUACUGCAACCGCAUGGGAUCGCUUGGGCGCUACAUUCCCUUCUACGCCGUGAUCUUCAUGUAUGGCUUAUCCAUCGCAUUCUCCUGGACUGGGCUGCGCUAUAUCGAUCAGCGCACUCCGCUAUCCGACAAGGCGGAUGAGGAUGGGUCCUGCGUCUGA